UUGUCCGGAAAUGUUGUCAAACGUUUGCAAAAGUGUGUUGAGUGGGAGCCUCCAGAUCUUGAAAGCCGGCUUCACGUCCUUUUGCGUUCAGCAAGUGUUCUAAAUAAAGCCAACCGAACUGGAGGUGGUAUAAGUGGUAGUAUAAGCGGCGGUGCUGCUGGAAACGACUCUUCCCCAUAUUUUUCCUCAAAUCGAGGAGUAGAUGUUAAUUUGUGUUCAGCAAAUAGUCUUAACGGUUGCAACCACACAGGAGGAGCAUGUGCUGGACAUUCAUUGGCUCCUGUUGGAAAUUUAUGUUGUGGAACAGGUUCUGCUCUCUCUGAGGGAUGCGGAUGUGCUGCCGUGGGAAGUGCGGGAUUUCUCUCAAAUCGACUUGUUCGAUGGCUCAAGAAACAAAUUUUUGUGCUUGGGAGAAAUGAAGAUCAGCACUCUACGGCGACGCACAUUUUUAUUCAUUAA